AAUGGUAAACCUGUUUUUCUACAGUGGCAGUGAGCAUGUGAUCAAGUUUCCUAAAUAGGACGUACAGAGUCACUUCUGGUUGGCCAAUCAAAUGCCUCCUUGUCUCUGAAGAGUGGAGACAGUAUGCAGAUUCUUUCAUUCAGCACGACUAUUUGAACACAAUGACAUCUCCAAAAUUUCUCUUCUUUCUGACGUGUUUGUUAAUCGGAAAAGUUGCUCAGACGACUGAUCCAAAGUUAUCCUCAUCUCUUCAUCAAGAGAAGGGUUUUGUAUCGGCUAAAACUGGGGAGAACAUCACUUUGAGAUGUUUCUAUGAAGGCGGUGUUUCUUCAAGGGUUUACUGGUAUAAGCAAACUCUGGGACAGAAACCACGGCUCAUCUCUACUUUCUAUGGAAUAAAUGGAAUAUUUUAUGAAGAAUUCAAGAACAAUCCACGCUUCACAUUGUAUACUGAAACAGGUCAAAGUCACUUGAAUAUCACACAUUUGAGCGUUUCAGACUCAGCUACCUACUACUGUGCAAGUUAUACAGUAUUUAUUACAUUUUCGGAGGGAACCUUAGUCAAUGUAGAAGGUUCAGGUUUGAAGGUCCCAGCUACGGUCCACCAGUCAGCGUCUGAGAGCAUCCAGCCAGGAGGCUCUGUGACUCUCAACUGUACAGUACACACUGGGACCUGUGAUGGAGAACACAGUGUUUACUGGUUCAAGAAGUCGGAAGAAUCUCAGCCAGGACUCAUUUACACCCAUGGAGGCAGGACUGAUCAGUGUGAGAGGAAACCCAACACACGAACACACACCUGUGUCUACAAGCUGCCGAUGAAGAGUCUGAAUCUUUCUCAUGCUGGGACCUACUACUGUGCUGUUACCUCAUGUGGACACAUUCUGUUUGGAGACGGGACCAAGCUGGAGUUAGAAGAUGAGGUGGACUCUCCUUUUUUAGUGUAUUUCUUGAGUUCAGCUUUGGCUUUCACCACCAUACUGAGUGUUUUACUGGCUUUCUUACUCUACAAGGUGAAGAAAAGACACCGCUGCCAAACUGCAGAGAACCACGCAACAUUUCCAUCUCCCACCACAACGAGUGCAGAGGGUUACCAAGAUGCAGACAACGUCCAUUAUGCCGCUUUAAGUAUCACCCUGCCCAACAGAUCGAGACGACAGAGGAACAAAACUAACGAUGAAUGUGUGUACUCCAGUGUCAAGCAGUAGAACUGGAUAUUAUUCUACGUUCUGAGUAUGAUGGCAGAUUCUUCUUAUAAUCUCCUUGAUUAUGUACAUACAUAGCUAUAGAUUCUUAGAUAAAUAUCUGUAUCUUUCAUUGGUCCAGGAUGUAGGUAGUGAAGAGAAGACUGAUAAGAAUGGACAGAGUCAUUUCUGAAAAGAGAAUGAUAUAUGUUGUUCUAU